UUCAAGUUCUAUAAAAUCAGAAGCCUAGGGCUCCAGUGGUAGUGUGAAACGUUCAGAGAAGAAUCUCUCUUCAGUUUGUUGGAAGAAGGUGGAAAAAAAGAUACUUCUUUAAAAAUGUCAAUGGUAUCAGAAUUCCUCAAGCAGGCCUGGUUUAUUGAAAACGAAGAGCAGCAAUAUGUUAAAACUGUGAAAGGAUCCAAAGGCGGUCCUGGGUCAGCAGUGAGCCCCUAUCCCAGCUUCAACCCAUCCUCGGAUGUUGAAGCCUUGCAUAAAGCGAUCACAGUUAAAGGUGUGGAUGAAGCAACCAUCAUUGACAUUCUAACUAAGAGAAACAAUGCACAGCGUCAACAAAUCAAAGCAGCAUAUCUCCAGGAAAAAGGAAAGCCCCUGGAGGAAUCUCUGAAGAAAGCCCUUACAGGUCACCUGGAGGACGUUGCUUUGGCUCUGCUAAAAACUCCAGCCCGGUUUGAUGCUGAUGAACUCCGUGCUGCCAUGAAGGGCCUUGGAACUGAUGAAGACACUCUGAUUGAAAUUUUGACAUCAAGAACUAACAAAGAAAUCAGAGAAAUUAACCGAGUCUAUAGAGACGAACUGAAGAGAGAUCUGGCUAAAGACAUCACCUCAGACACCUCUGGAGAUUUUCAGAAGGCUUUGCUUUCUCUUGCUAAGGGUGACCGAUCUGAGGAUUUGGGGGUGAAUGAUGACUUGGCUGAUUCAGACGCCAGGGCCUUAUUUGAGGCAGGAGAAAGGAGAAAAGGGACAGAUGUGAAUGUGUUCAACACCAUUCUCACCACCAGAAGCUAUCCCCAUCUUCGCAGAGUGUUUCAGAAGUACACCAAGUACAGCAAGCAUGACAUGAACAAAGUGGUGGAGUUGGAGAUGAAAGGGGAUGUCGAGAACUGCUUCACAACUAUUGUGAAGUGUGCCACAAGCAAACCAAUGUUCUUUGCUGAGAAGCUUCAUCAGGCCAUGAAGGGUGCUGGAACUCGUGAUAAGACAUUGAUCAGGAUUAUGGUUUCCCGUUCCGAAAUUGACAUGAAUGAUAUUAAAGCAUUCUAUCAGAAGUUGUAUGGUAUCACUCUCUGCCAAGCCAUUUUGGAUGAAACCAAGGGAGAUUAUGAAAAGAUCCUGGUGGCUCUCUGCGGAAGAGACUAAACAUUCCUUUGAUAAUCUCAAGAAUUUUGAUCAGAAGACUUUUUAAUCAUUUCUUUGCAUUCCAUAUGGUAGACAAAUAGGAAAGUUUCUUCAGCAGGAUUACAGUCUAGCUAACUUCUUUCUGGAAAAUAUAGCCUAUAAAUCCUUUUCAUAACACAACUCUGUAUGUUAGAGAUAAGUUUUUUUUUUAAAUAUACUUACCCCAAACUAUAAAACCCCAUAAACAGGUUGUCCUAGUAACAUUACCUGAGAAGGAUGUUUAUGUACCAGAAAAUAAAAUGAUUUUAUAGGACAA